CGACGAACGAGGCAAGUCAAAGCCCCCAUAGCGGAGCCCAGGGGAGGCCGCAUCCGAAGGCCAUGGCGAUAUACUCAUCCAACUCCCCCUCAAACACCCUCCUGAUAACCGACCUGCACGACCUCUACCUCUUCCAACCGGCCUCCCUCGCCUCCAUCCGCUCCCUAAUCGAGUCCAUCGCCCCCCUAAACUCCUUCUCCCCGCUCCCCUCCAUGCGCCGCAUCGUCUGCUCCUUCCACUCAGAAGACGACGCCCUCCGCGUCCGCAAGCUCCUCGACGGCCAGUCCCUACUCAACCGCAAAGUCCGCACAAAGAUCUACUUCGGCGAACCCACCCCGCUCCUCGACGGGGGCCGCCCCAAACUGCUCGAGGCCCCGCACCUCGACAAGCUGUUCUUCAUCAGUCCGCCCCCGAGUCCCCACACGGCUGGUGAUCUCGCCCAGGCGCUUGCGCAGCUCAAGACGGAACAAUCUGCUCCUGUCUCUGGCCCUGUGGACCCCGGGACGCCCAUGUCGAUGUCCGACGAGAAGCGGACGGGGAGCUGGCCCGUCGCCAUGUCGGGGCAGCGGAGUCGGAGUAGUACGCUGAUCUACAACCCCGAGGAUCAUGGUGGUAGUCUCGGUUUACCGGCCGUGAUGGUCGAGGAUACGACUGUCGAGGCCGACGACGAGGAUGUCGAGAUGAUGAGUCCGAUCGACGUGUCGGUUAAAAAGUUGCCGCCGAAGACGGCGCGGCCUCCGGUUGAGUUGAUGCAUUGAUUGCUUUUCGUCGGUCUUUUCUCUCGAUGCAUUUGGGUGUCUUUGUUUCCUGAUAAUGAUAUUGGCAUGCAUGGGGGUAUUUUUUGUGUUGCUAUGGCAGCAUUUCGGGUUUCAGUGACUGUAUCAUCAUGGAAGGCGUCUCGGUCGGGAUUUGAUUUCAACAUGCAUUGUUCAUGAACCGCACUUUGCUCUAUAUGCUUUACUCUGACACGAGACUCUGAGCUAGUAUACAUAGUGUCAUUACAUACGGAUUGGUCCAAAACCACUGCAUUG